AUGCUACUUGUGGAUCGGCUUCUUGGCCAGGUGGGCGAUGUCGGCGGUGAUGACUGGAGCCGCACGUGCCGAAUAUUCUUGAUCCCGAACCCCCAGGCCCCGCCAAGUGCUGGGAUCAAAUUUUACGGGAUAAAGGUCUACCUGAGAUUAUGGCAGGCCAACGAUAUCCUGCGACUGAUGCUGUUCAAACACCAUGCGGUCCACGGCGAUGCAAGCAGUCCGAUGAUCGGCAGAGGCGGGUUUAUGGCGCACGAUAUGGGUCUCGGAAAAACAUACAUGACCCUAGCCCUGUGUGCCCUUCGCCAUGCCAUCCUCAAGUCAAAGGAAGACGUGACUCGGGCCUGGAAUGGCAGCUUGGACGAGCGUCACCUCCCUCCCACGACACCCCGCGGCGGCGGCGGAAAUCAUGUCUGCCCGUCGAGCAAUCCUCUGGGCAUUCAAUGCUACUGUGUACCCGGCGGAGACACGAGGGAACUGGCUAGUACGUGUCUGGUAGAUGGCCCGGCUCUCAUCAUCGCCCCUUCGAUCGCGUCUGCGGCACCCCAGUGGGAGAAGGCUGCGGGAGAGCUACUCGACGAAAGCGCCCUGGCCGUCCACAUCAUCGCGUCGGGCCGUACCGAGACCGUUCAAUCCCUGCAGCUGCGACAGGCGGCGGUUCGAUACGAGCCCAAGAUCCUUCCAAAGACGGUGAUCGCAAAACGCGCCACCCCAGACGACCUGGCAAGCUUCUCCUACAUCCCGGCUCCCGGGCAGUCGAAUAUCGUCUGCAUCGCGGCACUAUCUGCCUUGCGUUCGAGCAUGGACAGGCUCGGAACAUGCUCGGUGGAUGUUCCCAUAGAGGGUAAGGCGAAUAGCGCCAGAGUUGACUUUGAGCACUGCGUUGCGCCGGGCCUUGUUGCGUAUGAUGAAUGGCACCGCGAAAGAACGCCCACCACGAAGGUUAUGAAACUCCUCAGCUUCUGGAUGGAGCAUGUGAACACGGGUCCAUGCCCUCCCCUCCUCGUCUUCAUCAGCGGGACCCCUAUGCCUACCGAGCCCUCGAACCUAGCCUCGCCCAUCGCUUUACUAUCCAUGUGGCGCCAUGUCUCCGAGGGCGCUCCCGUGCUAGACGCGGAGGAAGGGUGGAUGACGCGGAACCUGCAAGACAUGCAGAGAGGAUUCGCCGCUCUCAAGCCGGGUGACCCAAGGGCCGAAUUCAUAGAGAAGAGCGUGUCGUUCCUGUCGCAGGUCAUGGUGCGCCGCUCCGUGCUUGGGACAUUUCGAGGCGCGGCCCUAAUCCGCAUACCGCAGUCCGAGAGCAGCUUCAUCCGCUGCCGAAUGCCCGCGGGCUUGCACGCCCGCCUCACCCACCUGAUCGCGACCUUCCAACGAGACGUGAGCCAGGCCAACGUACCGGAGAAUCGGUUCUGGACCAUGGCUCGAACGAACGCCGCGUUCAGCUUGAUGAUCCUCUCGGCGCACCUGCCAGGGCUGCUCGAUCUCGACCCCGAGGAGCUGGACCGCUUCUUCGAUAUAGUCAAGCAGGGCCCCCAGUCCUGGAGCCGCCAGGGGACCCCGGAGAACAGGUAUCUGCGAAGCCAGUUCCACAGGCUUGCGGCUUCCUCCACCAAGCUGGCUGAGAUGGGCCGCCUCAUCCGCCAGGCCAUGGCGACGCGCGGUGCGGCGACUCGCGGUGCGGCGGGCACGGGGCAUGUUCUGGUCCUGAGCGUCCGGCCUAUUGUCGCGUACCUCGCCUACCUGUGGUGCGAGGAAAAUAUCCCCCAAGUCCAAGGCUCCCUCAUCCUCUCUAACCUGAGUUGGAAAGCCCGCAUGAGGCAGGUCGCGCGGCUUGGGGAGGAGAGCGCCUCCACUGUCGUCGUGUUUUCCACUACCGGCAUCAUGGGGACGGCGGUGGAUGGUCUGCAGGCCGCCUCCUACUAUAUACAGCUCGGGCUGACGUGGACGGCAGCCGAGCAGAUGCAGUGCGAGAUGCGCGUCCGCCGCUCGGGGCAGAGGAGUGUCUCUCGCUGCUUUAUCCUCUAUUCGGAGGAUAACCCGGCAGAGUAUACGAUCAAGCUCCGCCAUGAACACCGCAGCGUGCUCGUUGAGUCGGCUUGGUUUCGAGGUGACGGCGGGCGGGAAGACCAAGAGGAAGACGAGCGGGGCGACGGUGGACAGGGACAAAGUGGCGAUGUCCGGGAGGAUCAGUCCAGAGUUGGGCGGGACGGGGACGCGGACGCGGACGGGGACGCGCAGGGCCGGGAACGGCAAGGUUGGACGCAACGCAGAGGCAACCGGAACAGGGAUGGUGGCGGGCAUCUUUGGGCGCACGCGGAGAUAUAA